AUGUACAUGAAACUUCCGCGCGAGGAGCAAUUAUCUCAAAAUCCUAAGCUGGUCAACCCAUGCGAAGGGCCACACCGUGUGCUAGACACGAGCGAGUGUAGCGCUCCUGGGGCAGAGACUCUUGUCCGAGUACCUUUUGACAUGGUGGUAAAGUUGCCAGCAGAGAACGCUGAUCACGAUGGACCACCCGCUGAAUCUGAGACGACAGUGCGACUGCGAGCUGUUCGAUCAAGUGGCUUAUGUGGCAUUGCCAACGCUGAUGCACCCGAUGGCCAGAUCAAAACGUGUGGCAGAUAUGUUUCAGCUCACCAAUGUGGCUUCCAUCCCGGAGCAGGAAUGUUGGGGAUAUGA